CCCUCCCCUCCAUCUACCCCGAACCAAACACACCCUUAUGCGAGGGUUUAACAAUUUCCCAUUAAAACAGAAAAACAUUUUCCUCUCACUUUUGCAGCGAUUCUCUUCCGGUGAAAAAUGGUGACGAUGAAAUACACGACUCUAACAAACUCCAUCAAAACCCUAAUCCGAUUCCAACUACGUUCUAUCACAACCCUACAUUCCUCCGUUUUCCGUCCUCAACCCACCGCUCAUAACUUCUACUAUGGAAGCUUCUUCAGGUACAUGUCCUCUGCCCCAACCCAUGUUGAUCAAGAAGCUUCUACUGAUAAUCGCGUUCCAGCUACAAUUUUAACGGGUUUUCUUGGCUCUGGAAAGACUACUCUUCUGAAUCAUAUUCUCACUUCCCAACACAGCAAGCGGAUAGCUGUGAUUGAAAAUGAGUUUGGUGAGGUUGAUAUUGAUGGAUCACUGGUUGCUAGUCAUUCUUCUGUGAGCGGUGAAAACAUUAUCAUGGUCAAUAAUGGCUGCCUAUGCUGCACUGUGCGAGGAGAUCUAGUUAAAAUGCUGUUGGAGUUGGUUAGGAAAAAAAGAGACAAAUUUGAUCACAUUGUUAUUGAAACCACAGGUCUUGCGAAACCCGCCCCUGUUAUUGAAACUUUCUUCAGUGAUGAACUAGUUUCUGAAUAUGUUAAACUGGAUGGAGUUGUGACUCUAGUUGACUGCAAGCAUGCUAUGCAACAUUUGAACGAGGUGAAACCAAGAUUUGUAGUCAAUGAGGCAGUUGAACAAGUUGCAUAUGCUGACCGAAUUGUUUUGAACAAGAAAGAUUUGGUUACUGAAUCUGAGUUAAAUAUAUUGACCAAGAAAUUAAAGCACAUCAAUGGAAUGGCACAAAUUAAGCAAGCUAAGUUUGGGUCUGUUGACAUAGACUUUGUUCUGGGUGUGGGAGGAUAUGAUCUUCAGAGAAUUGAAUCUGAGGUAGAUGGAGAAUGCCCCUCUACAGCGAGCCACUCAGAUGAUUGUGGGAAUGGACACAAAGGGCAUCAUCAUCAUCAUCAUCAUCAUCAUCACGAUCACGUGCAUGAUUCUGCUGUCACUAGUGUCAGCAUUGUUGCGGAGGGAACUCUUGAUCGUGAUGAGGUUGAAGAUUGGCUUGAAAGAUUGGUUGAAGAAAAGGGAGAGGACCUAUACAGAAUGAAAGGUGUCCUGUCAGUGGAUGGUUCUGAACAACGAUAUGUGUUUCAGGGGGUGCAUUCCAUGUUGGAUGACAGCCCAGGAAAAACAUGGGAACCCAACGAAAAGAGGAUAAACAAGCUCGUGUUCAUUGGAAGGAAUUUAGACGAAACUGCCCUCAGAAAAGGCUUCAAAGGCUGUCUAGUCUAAUAUUAUCAUCACAUGCUUUGGUUGUGCAUGGCAAAAGUAAUUGAAAUCAGUAUAUUAGAUGGUGAUCAACAGUGUUGUUAUUGAGAAAAAUUGAAAAACAUAAAUUAAACAUUAAAUUGACAUUUGAUAUCCAAGAUAUCCAGUUUACAGAAUCUCUUAAAGGUAAUGUAUUUUUAACCAACAACCAUGUCUGUGCUUGAACCAUUGUCGCGUGUGGAAAUAUUUCAUUUUACACAUAAAUUUUCAGGUAUUCGUCCAUGCGUGUGUAAUUCACCUCAGGGUAAAGCUCAGAUGCUUCUUCUCCAUCUUCCCCAAUUUCAAAGUUUGUCAAACAACCCUCAUAGAAAAUAUGAUAGAAAUGUCCAAUUCCUACUUGAAGUUUAUAAUCCAACCCUGCAAAUCAAGUUCACAUAAACCAUAAAUCACUGACAGUAAUUGCUUACGACAAUAAUGUUGCUUUGUCUACAGAAACUUAAUUAGGACAAUUAAGUGAAUGUGUUACCUUUCAAUGUUGUGAGAAAGCCUUCAGGAGGUAUGUAUGUUUUCUCCAGUUCCCUUCCAAUUAGUUUCUCCCAAAUUCCAAUAAGUUCUCCUUGGGACAGAAUGUUUUCUUGUGGUCGAAGGUAUAUUGUUUUGUUUAAGGUUCGAGGAUCAUCUAUUGUCUUGAUUGUAUAUGUUGCAACAUCAUAUUCAUCCAAAAACACCGCUGCAAUCAUACAUAUAUGUAGAUGAAUAUUUCAUUAUUGACCGAAAAUGAAACACUAUCAGUUUGUUCAAA